UCCUAUGAGCACAGAUAUAUUGGAAAGAUUAUCCAAAUGGAUGAACUAAGAGUGCUUACGCUCCCAAAUGGUGUGGAAAUUGAAUUUGGACAAAUUAUAGCCCUUGCUGGAGAUUUUUAUGGUUUACCAAAACAACCAAUCAUCGAUCCUUCUAAAGGACAAAACGAAGAAGACUCGGGUCGCCAGCAGCGCUUCAGAGAUGCAUACAACACUCUGGCACGCGCACCGAAAGAUGAGUUAAUGGAGGAGCUAAUCAAACUGCUGGCCACAUUAGAGAAAGAAAGCGAAAAUGGUAAAACCAUUGAUGCGAAAACAUGGGACGAAAUCACUGGUGGUAAAUGGCUCGGUCCCCUGCCAAUGAAAAAGGGUAGGAUGCUGCAAUUAGCUGAAAAUAAUCACGACCAUUUUCUUCCCCACGCAAAGGACGCUUACCUGACUGGCCAUCAGCUGGCGAUUGACAAAGCACGGGAGGCUGGUUAUUAUCGCUUGGGUGAUGAAGAUGAGCACAAGAGGCUUCUUCACGAAGCAUUUUCACUGGAGGCGUUUGCUUGCCAUUUCCUUACUGACAGCUUCGCAAGUGGACACAUAAGGACACCGAGAGUUGAAUUGGGCAAUGGAACUACCUCUACCAAAGUUGGCAAUUUGCUUUGUAAGUACAUGCACGAUGAAGAUAACAAGUAUGGGCUGCGUGUCACAAACAAGAGAGGAGACAAGUGGAUUGCAUAUGGCGAUGGAAGGCUUCUUCAUGAAGAGAGCAGGGAUAAUCUAAAGAUUGUAGCAGAUGCUGUUCAGAAAUCAGUUGAUCAAGUGUACGACGCUUACACAAACCCCAGCAAAACUCUUGACCAUGCUGUGGUGACCGACCUGAUACCAUUUGUUGACCAAGAUGAAAGAAACAACUCUCCCUUGUUCCAAGUGAAAGAUGGAGAGCUGCACAGGAGAUCAGACAUCAGUGAUCUUCAGGACAAAAAGACUGUGACCAACUGGUGGGGGCUAACAACAGCAUUUAUGCUAUGGAAUUACAAACCAGAAAACUCUGCGAUUUAGACAUGCAGUUUUUCUUAGUGAUUAGUGAACUUGGCAAUAAGUUGCUGGAAUGUUUGUUCCCAGUUUUCAUGUCUUCUAAUUGCUUUAGUAACUCAUUUUAAGGAUUACAUUUGCAAAAAACAAGCAAUCUAGCCCGUUAUCAUGAUAGGGUCGAUUCUUUUAGGAAAGAGGACCCAGGAACCUCACCGUGUUCAGUAUUCACGGGAGAUUACACUGAUUACAUUGAUCAUAGUAGUAAUAAUAUCAAGAAGUGAUUUUGGAGUUCUAUAAAUUGUGUGAGUACAACCAAGCAAUUGACUGCAUAGUCAUGUUAUAAAACCGGUUUUUUUCCUAUUCUCGGGUGUCAUGACGUGAGUUGAACAAUUACGAUUUUGAAGAUAGCGUGUGUAUGUGUGUGUGUAGAUUAUACAAUUAUCAUUUUAUUUUUCUGAGGCCACUUAUCAAUGGUGGUAGUCUAUUUUGUAAGAUAUCUAAGUUUCUUUAGCUUUUGAAUUGUUAAAAUGUAAAGAAAGGUUAAAAGGAACGAUUCACAGUUGCAGUUAUUUACCCAGUGAAUGAAUGAUAACAUUUUGCUCAACCAUUAAAGUAUUAA